CGCUGCACGCGGCCCCGGACGCCCCCGCUGCACGCAGCGCGGCGGCGGCCGCCAUCUCCGGCGGCGGCGGGCGGUGCCGCGCGGACCCCGAGCCCCGGAGGCCCUCCUUAUAGCCUGGAAAAAAUGACAGAUCUCGUAGCCGUUUGGGAUGUUGCUUUAAGUGAUGGAGUCCAUAAGAUUGAGUUUGAACAUGGCACCACAUCAGGCAAACGAGUGGUAUAUGUAGAUGGGAAGGAAGAGAUAAGAAAAGAAUGGAUGUUCAAACUAGUGGGCAAAGAAACUUUCUGCGUUGGAGCUGCAAAGACAAAAGCAACCAUAAAUAUAGAUGCUGUCAGUGGCUUUGCAUAUGAAUAUACUCUGGAAAUUAAUGGCAAAAGUCUCAAGAAGUAUAUGGAGAACAGGUCGAAGACUACCAAUACCUGGGUAUUACAUUUGGAUGGUGAGGACUUUAGAGUUGUGUUGGAAAAGGACACUAUGGAUGUAUGGUGCAAUGGUAAAAGAAUGGAGACAGCAGGUGAGUUUGUAGAGGACGGGACUGAAACUCACUUCAGUGUUGGGAACCAUGACUGUUACAUAAAGGCUGUCAGUAGUGGGAAGCGGAAAGAAGGGAUUAUCCAUAGUCUCAUUGUGGAUAAUAGAGAAAUUCCAGAGAUCCUUGAAUGACUUCAUGUUAGUGAAUUUUAAUCUUAACAAGUAAAAGGUGAAGACUUUUAAAUUACUGUGGUAAUUAAAUAUGUUCAAUAUGUACUUUUCAGUACACUUAGUCUGCCAGGUGUUUAUUUUUUAGAUACUUGAAACUGUAAUAUUUCAAGAGUCAAAAAAAAAAAGAAAUAUGUACAAUCUUAAAAAUUGCGAUUUAUUUUAUAAAUAAUGUAAAAUGUUUUAAAGCCAAAUGGAAAAAAGAUAUGGACCAAAAUCACCAAUGUUUUACAAGAGGAACUUUUACUAUAAUAAAUACUAUAAAAUAAAAUUGGUGCUGCUUGAUUUAUGUUUCUAAAAAUGGAUAUCUUCAUAUAUUAAUUUUUUUUUUUAAUUUUAGAGAGACAGAGAGAGCACAUGAAC